AUGCUUGCAAAUAUGAGCAGACGUAUGUUUACAACAUCGAGACUAAUAUUCCAGAAGGAAGUCUCUAGUUUGGAUCCCAAAAAGGUAAACCAUAUGCAAUACCUAUUGAAGUAUUAUGAUCCCGAAACUGUGGAUUCGAUCCUUAAGGCAGAGAGCGCAAUUGAUCCAAAACAUCUUGCGAAGAGGCAACUGAACCCUGUUCAAUUUGCUCCACACUUUAUGACUGAUUUCACAGAGAAGAGUGAUUAUUUUGAUCACAAGGUGCAACAGCCAAACACUUUCACUCAAAUAUCACAGCCAAAUGAGGUAGAUGUUCCAAAAGACCAAAUAUUGGACGUUGAAGGUAAUGCAAAGCGUUCUGAGUUGGGCGAAUUGGCGAAAAAGUUAUCUCUAGCAACUGGAUUUAAUGAAAGAUACAUCAUGGGAUUGAAAGUUAAAACUUUAAUCUUGAAAACAGUUAGAAAUCAAACUUCCAAAGGUAAAAUUAACUCUUUCUAUGCUCUAGUGUGUGCCGGCGAUGGUAAUGGUAUGCUAGGAAUUGGUGAAGGUAAAGAUCCUGAAGAGCCAGGUAACGCUAUUUUAAAAGCUCAUUGGCAAGCAGUUAAAAACUUGGUUAAGGUUCCAAGAUUAGAGGAUAGAACUAUUUUUGGUAAUAUUGAAAACAAAUAUGGUGCAUCUGUUGUCCAUUUAAGAUCUGCACCUCCUGGUUCUGGUCUAAGAUGUAAUCCAAUGGUGUUUGAAUUAGCACAAUGUGCUGGUAUCAAGGAUUUAUCUUCCAAGGUUUAUAGAUCUAGAAACAGAAUGAACGUUGUCAAAUGUACUAUAGAAGCUUUGUUAAAGCAAAAGACCACCGAAGAAAUGGCGUUGGAAAGAGGUAAGAAGGUUGUCGACUUGAGAAAGGUCUAUUACUCUGUCGAAAAAUAG